AAGCUUGAGAUGGAGAGCAAACCCAGCUCAUGCCGAGGAAUUCCGUGGGAUAAAGUCACUACAACCAGCUGACAGAAGUUGUCAUCUUCCCAGCACCGUGGCCACCUGGAGAGACACAUUCCAAAAUUCCUUGAUGUUUGUUCAGUGUAGGUUUGGUUUUACACAUUAGUCUCGGCUGCCUAAAGAGGCAAAGCUUAGUGUUAAUUCUCUAUGCCACACUAUUUACACUUGCUGUAGAACAAGGUCAAAUCCAUUUCACUAAAGGGAUAGAAUAAUUUGCCUGCAGCUCCUACUGCCAAGAUCUGAAAUCAGAUCUGGAAAAUUCCAAAGCACAGAUGAUGCCUACUCUUCUGUGUUCAAAUAGGCUCAAGAUGUAGAAGGCAGAGCUUCUUACAUGCUUCUUUCCUUGAGAUGUCUCUGUCAUACACAGGAACACCUUCCCCUAGGAGCCCGUAGACUCUGGAAAGAGAAGUAUUUCUACAUCAUCUUUCUAGCUAUACAUUUCCUCUUUAGACAGUUGCUCUGGACCAAGUGUUUCUUUGCUCCAACAAUCAUCUAGGCUUAAUGUGGGUCCUCACUGAAUAUUACCUUUUUCCUUCCUUGGAGGACCCUCUCCACUUCCGGAAUCUCAUCCUCAUAUUCAGCCAUGAAGAAGGCAGAAAGCCCUGGCAGGGAUCUACCUUCCAGCAGACACACAAACUGAGCUCCAGGGACCAGCUCUCUCACCUGUCGGAAUUCACUUUCUUACACCCUCUGGAAAGUCUCUCUUCUCCACCAGCCCACAUCUACUUUGUGAUUUUGGCCUACAGACUAAACAUUCCAGUUCAUCCAGUAACUAAUGCUGGCCCCACAAUUAAGCUGUGACAGAUUCUGGGUAGUUCCAGUGAUCCAUCUAGAGUCCCAGAGUCUGUCAUUGUACCUUUCAGGGUCAAUAUGUCUCUUAUCAAGGAACCUUCACUCUGAAUUGUGCUAAUAGGAUUUGGUGAAAUACACGGCACCAACUUAGAGUUAAAUGACUAGUCACAUGGUUGUCUUUAGGUCAUUUUCACUGGGGCAAGAACAUUACUCCUUGAGAGUCAUGUUGCAUAAAGACACUCACAUUUAAGUAAAAAAUAUUUGGCUUGUGCUUGGUAAACUUGUGGAUGCCAUAUGUUUAAUAACAUGGCAUGACAUUCUAUGCUUUGAAGAAAAUUUAGACUCUCUUCUCGUCAAUGAUUCCAUUCAAUUUGUAGGACCUAAUACUCUUGUUUUUUAUUUAAAAAAAUUCUACUGCAUUUCAGGGCAUGAGUGAGAAGGUUCAUUUACACUCAGCCAUGCUCACUUUUCAUAAUGUCUGCUCAGAACCCAGCUCCUUCCAGCUCACUGGCUUCCCGGGACUGGAGUCCCUGCACACCUGGCUCUCCAUCCCCUUUGGCUCCAUGUACCUGGUGGCCGUGGUGGGGAAUGUCACCAUUCUGGCUGUGGUAAGAGUGGAGCGUAGCCUGCACCAGCCCAUGUACUUCUUCCUGUGCAUGUUGGCCGUCAUUGACCUGGUUCUGUCCACUUCCACCAUGCCCCAACUGCUGGGGAUCUUCUGGUUUGGUGCUGGUGACAUUGGCUUGGACGCCUGCUUGGCUCAAAUGUUCCUCAUCCACUGCUUUGCCACGGUUGAGUCAGGCAUCUUCCUUGCCAUGGCUUUUGACCGCUACAUAGCCAUCUGUGGCCCACUACGUCAUACAACGGUGCUCGCUCAUACUGUGGUGGGACGUUUGGGGCUAGCUGCCCUUUUCCGGGGUGUUCUCUACAUUGGACCCCUGCCUCUGAUGAUCCGCCUGCGGCUACCUCUUUACAAAGCCCGAGUCAUCGCCCACUCUUACUGUGAGCACAUGGCUGUGGUCACCUUGGCCUGUGGUGACAGCAGGGUCAACAAUAUCUAUGGGCUGGGCAUUGGCUUUCUGGUCUUGAUCCUAGACUCAGUGGCCAUUGCUGCCUCCUAUGUGAUGAUUGGCAGGGCUGUUAUGGGGCUGACUACUCCCGAGGCCAGGCUUAAGACGCUGGGGACCUGUGGUUCUCACAUCUGUGCUAUCCUGAUCUUCUAUGUUCCCAUUGCUGUUUCUUCCCUCAUUCACCGAUUUGGUCGCCAGGUGCCUCCUCCCAUCCACACCUUGCUGGCCAACUUCUACCCCCUCAUUCCUCCAAUCCUCAAUCCCAUUGUCUAUGCUGUUCGCACUAAGCAGAUCCGAGAGAGAAUUCUCCAGAUCCUAAAGAUAGGAACCAAAAUCAGAUGACUAAUAUUUCCUUCUCUUAAAUAAGCUCAUGGAG